AUGAAAACAGUCUUGUUGUGGCACAUAUUGACAUUGGCUCAACGUUUGUGGUUUGGCACUUGGAUCAUAGUUGAAGCUUCAUCAUUGAAUGAUUACAACUCACCCAUAGAAGUUGCUACAAAAACAGCAGCGUUAGAGAAUGAGGCUGAACAGAUUCACAUUGGCGAAGAAGUGUAUGAACGCUUUGUAUAUUUCAGUAAAGCAUGUGGGCUUUGUAACUGUAUAGACAAAAAGUUACUUCGAGAAAACAAGACUCUUGAUGAUGAAGGAUGUCCAAGUUAUUUGAACUUUUGCUCUGAUCCUUCGCAAAAUCCAACCUAUAACCAAACUAGGAUUGUUUUGGUGUUGGAGGCAGAAGAAAAUGAACUUGGAACAGGAUACUUGGCUGUUGAUCAUGAAAAGAAAGUAAUAAUCUUAGCAUUUAGAGCAUCCACUACAGCUCAGGAUUGGCAAAGUGAUUUUGAAACUUAUCCUAAAGAAUACUAUCCUGUUAGUAGUAAUGAGUAUUGGGACUUAGUUCGUCACGGAGUUAUUAAAGAAUGUACAAAUUGUAAAGUACACAAAGGCUUUUCAAGGUUUUUGGAGACCUUGGGUAAGCAUUUCCUUGCUAAGGUGCAAAAAAUCAUUACUAACUACCCUGAUUAUCAUAUAGUUAGUGUGGGGCAUUCGCUAGGUGCCGCGUUAGCAGCAUUGGCUGGUAUUGAGUUGAAGCUGAGAGGAUAUCGGGUCUCGGUUAUCACAUACGCACAACCAAAGAUCUUUAAUAGGGAUUUGAAGGAAUGGGUUGAUGACCUUUUCAAUACCAGAUUGUUGAAUGCUAUUGCAGAGUACGGAUCAUGCUUAAGUAGUGCCACUGGUUAUAUUAGGGUUGUACACGAAAAUGACUAUGUUCCUAUGAUACCUCCUUUCUUCCAUCAUGCAGGACUGGAGGUUGUGAUCAGCACUAGGGAAUUACCACACAAUAUUCAACACUUAACAUACAUUGGAUACAACAACCUUGUUACCACUGAGAAAGCUGAAAGAUUAGGUAUGAACAGCAAUCUUGAAGAACUUCUGCAUAUGUAUGAACAUAGAAAUUACUUCAUAACUCUUACAGGUUGUACAGGAUUCUAG